AAAAAAUUUAAGAACUCCCCUUACUUCAACCCACCGAUAAACAUGCUCUUAGGCUCUUAUUAUCAUAAAAGAACACAUAAGAGGCGGUGACGUGUCGAGCAUUUGUUUGGUGAACCUUUAAUAAAAAAAAAUUGUGCUUCUGUCUCAUCCUCCUCCUCUCUCUAUCUCUCGAUCGUGCUUCUUGUCUCUUCUUUCUCUCCUCUCUGCGAUGGUGAAUCCGAAAAAAAUUGGUUGGAUUGGUUGAAUUGAGAGGAGAAAUCGAUUUUCUCUUCUCCGAGUGUUUGGCGUAACCAGAAUCUCCAAACUCGAGUUACGAUUCUCUCAAUCCCAACCCCUGAAUCUCUCUUCCUCUCUUCUUCUUCUUCUUCUCUCAAAUCCACGGUAGAAGAAGCAUGGCUACGAGGCAGAACGAAAGCGAAUUGGGAGUAUAGGAACUUGGGUACAGCUUCUUCCAACAAUGGAUGCAACUGAUCUUUGGGGAGAAAUUGAAACUUCUGAGAGUUACCUCGUGUGCUCUAUGUAUGAAGAGGCAAAGUCAUCAUCUUCAUCCAUACUGAAAACAAUAUUUGGCAACAUUGAUGUUUUAUCUGAGGAGGAGGAAGCUCUUGGUGAUCAGCAAUUGCAUGAUCUGUUGGAAUCUGCUGGUAUGGUUUUAGUCCAAUCCUUGCAUGGAAUCGGCAGGACAGUUGAGAUUGUAAACGAGUUGAGAAAUGUGUUUGGAGAAACUGCAGCUAUCCCUGUUCAAGUUCUUCUCACUGGAAUAUGCCUUCAAAUAUCGAAUGGUUCCUACUCGGGUGUAAGUGAGAUUCUGCAAGAGUUUUUUAGCAUAUGGGUUUACAAAGACAACCACUAUAUCCUAGAUGAUGCUGGAGUAAGUGCAAAAGGGCUCCACGGAAAACUAUCUUUGGAUAUUGAUGAGUACUUAAAAGUUGUGGAGCUGUAUAUCUUUGGAGUUCUUGCAAAAGUUUCAGAUGACGUGGGUCUAGCCAUUUCAUGGGUUGAGAAAGCUGCAUUGCCUGAGGAUAGACGACAGGGGCUUUUGAGAAGAUUACAUUCUUUACUGUCUCUCAAAACAGCAAACGUUCCAGAGGCUAGUUCGUUAGAGGAAGAUUCUUCUUCUUAUGCCGUAGUGAAUAAGCCCAAGGAUUCCAAGAAUUAUGAGAUUGAUUCUGGCCUGAAACUAUCUAAACAACAUGAACCUUCGCCACUUUGGUAUCCUCUAAGCCUCAAGCUUGGUAAUACCCAAUUUAGCAUGUCCAAGGGAAAGGUUGCCAUAAGCCUUGUUGGAUUAAUCAUGUGUUAUGCUUUGAAGAGAAAACGAGCUGCUUUGAUACGGAUCAUUCGCAGACAGAUGGAGUCCACGAGAAAAGCAUUUGUAGAUUUCUGGAAGCUUGCUUUUUCAUACCAAGUGAAUCCUCUUGCAGCAAUUCAAUCCAUACCAAACAGCACAACAUGAGACAAUUGAUGCACAGUAAGAUGGAUCAAAAACCUGAUUUUGCAUUGAAAUAAAGCUGCAUCCUUUUUAGGUUUCGGCUCAGGCUUUAGCACAGCCUAUAUUUUAGUUACUCAAAGUGUGUUGUAUAAUUAGAUCCUGUGUCUGGAAAAUGUCUUUCUAUGUUAAACCAACACUAUCAUAUGUAAUGUUAAAGGUAAUAUACCAAAGCUAUCUCAAAUACAUUUUCAUACA